GGAAAGUUGAGAGCGAAAAGGAAAAGUGGCGCUCGCGCUCGAAAACUUAAACGUCGUCGCAGCGAGGCGCCAAUGAAAUCCGUGACCGCGCCCUCAUUCAUCGUCAACCAAUCUGAGCCGUCCACGUUUCCAUCACAUAGCAUCAUUUCUGAAAAGACCGCCUCUCCAUAAAAACCAAAUAAAAUCUCAAAUCUCUUACCAGCUUCUUUUCUUUCUUCCCCCCUUUUUCUCUAACCCAACAAACAUGGAUGAUUCUGGAAGUAAAACUAAACUACUGAAUCCAUGGAUGCUCCACUUUCAGAAACUCGCUCUCGAACUCAAGUGCCCUCUCUGUUUGAGUUUGUUCAAGAGGCCGGUAUUACUUCCAUGCAACCACUUGUUCUGCAAUUCAUGUUUGGCUGAUUGCAUAACGGCUGGGUCUGAAUGCGCUGUUUGCAAGACAACGUAUGCUCAAACAGAUGUAAGGCACAUACCUUUUGUGGAAAACGUGGUGGCAAUAUAUAGAAGCUUGGAUGCCACUUUUUGUGCUAGUUUGUUUCAGUCGCGUUCUUCUGGUGAUGGGAGGGUUUUGGAGCCGUGCCAAACAAUUCUUAAUUCAACUUCUAGUAGUUUAAAAACUGGCAAGCUUCCUCGGAACUUAACUAAUUUGAAUGAGGUUGGGGUUGGCCAAACUUUCAAAUCCAAGAGUGUGGUGCAUGAUAAAGCUGAGGAGCUUGAGUUGUCUUGUGGGAGAGGGAAGCCCAAUCCAAUGCAAUCUUCCCUGAUGGGACUUGGGGGCCGAGAACAGUGUGGAGUUAUGGAAAUGGAUGUGAAUCAAGUAACACAAUCAGCACCUGAUAGCCCGCCCUUUUGUGAUACCAAAGGUUCAGAUAAUGACUGCAGUGAUCAAGAUAGUGAGCAUCCAUUACCUCCUGGCAGAUUGGAAAAUUCUUCACUAAACAGAGCAAGCACAGGAAAUGGAAAUUUGAAAGAAAGAAUGGGACAGCUUAGGUCUGAAAGUUCGGCCUCUGAAACUGAGGGUCUGGCAAGGGAUCUCAAGAGGCAGAAGAUUCUGGACUUUAAACCUGGAAAGGACCCUGGUGCACCAUUGCCCACAAAUGCUUCAAUUUACUUGUGUCCAAUUGGAAGGAUCUGCUCAUUUUGCCAAUCCUCUAAAAUCUCAGAGGUUACUGGACCAAUGCUGCAUUAUGCAAAUGGGAACUUAGUUACCGGAGAUGCAGCCAUGAAACCAAAUGUUGUACCUGUGCAUAGAAUUUGCAUUGACUGGGCACCACAAGUGUACUUUGAUGGUGAAGUGGUUAAGAAUUUGAAGGCAGAGGUGGCAAGGGGAGCAAAACUUAAAUGCAGUAAAUGUAAUCUAAAGGGAGCUGCUCUUGGCUGCUAUGUCAAAUCCUGUAGAAGAACUUAUCAUGUUCCUUGUGCAAUGGACAUCUCAGAUUGCCGUUGGGAUCAUGAGGAUUUUCUCUUGCUCUGUCCUGUCCAUUCAAAUGUCAAAUUUCCAUGUGAGAAAAUUAGGUCCAAGAAACAGGCAACACAGAAGCAUCCCACUUUGUCUCAUCUGCCAUCUCACCACUCAAAUCCUAUUGAAGCUUCCCAUGAUGAUGAUGAAAAAUUAGUAUUUUGUGGAUCUGCUCUAUCAAAUGAAGAAAAGGUACUUUUGAUCAAUUAUGCAAGCAAGGUUGGUGCUACUGUGACCAAGUUUUGGACCUCAAAUGUCACUCAUGUAAUUGCAGCAACUGAUGCACAUGGAGCAUGCUCCAGGACAUUGAAAGUUCUGAUGGCAAUUCUAAAUGGACGAUGGGUUCUAAAAAUGGAUUGGAUAAAAGCAUGCAUGGAAGAGGUAAAUCCUGUGGAGGAAGAACCAUAUGAAAUUAAUCUUGACAACCAAGGAUGUCAAGGUGGCCCAAAAGCUGGCAGACUUGGGGCAUUGGCCAAUGAGCCAAAGCUAUUCAAUGGCUUAAAGUUUUAUUUUUCUGGGGAUUAUGUGUCAACUUAUAAGGAAGAUCUCGAAGAAUUAAUUGAAGUGGGAGGAGGUAGUGUUUUGAGAAGCAAGGAAGAAUUGGAAUCACAAAGACAUGAAUGCAAAGGAGAUUCUUCACAGUUGCUGAUUGUUUACAACCUGGAUCCUCCUCAAGGAUGCAAAUUGGGGGAGGAAGUUUCAAUUCUUUGGCAAAGGCUAAACGAUGCAGAGGAUUUAGCUGCUAACACUUUACAAGUCAUUGGUCACACAUGGAUUCUUGAAUCAAUUGCUGCAUGUAAAUUGCAGCCUUUUGUUAACUAAAAUGCAUUAGGUAGCUGAUAUUUUGCCUAUCACUUGAUAGGGUGUUCGUUCUCCAGAAGAAUUGGUCAAUUGUGUACAUGAUAUAGCUUGAAUUUAUUUUGUCUUACUCUGGUCACUGGAUGUUAGGGUGUAAUAUUUAUGUAACAUUAGUUUUGUCUGCUCUUUUACUAACUUGGUUUUGUUUGC